ACGAUCGAUAACUACAAAAUUAUAUCGAACAACUCGAAUAAUUAAUCGAAAAUUUGAAUUUGAAAAAGAAGUUGAUAUAAAUGUUUAUAGAGGGUGUUUUAAUGAAUUGUAAAAUUAGCACAUCCUAACCAUUGAUAUUUAGUUCCUCUUUUAACAUGCAUUUAUUAUCAAAUCUUUUUUUGUACAUAAAAAAAAAAGUUUUUGUAAAGUUUUGAAGAAAAUAUUUUUUAAUUUUACAAUUUUAUAUUUAAAAAAAAAGAAAAAAAAAUGAAGGAAAUAAAUUUUUUUCUUUUGUUAAUUUAUCUACAAGUGGGACAAAUUAUUUCUCAGGAUGACAAUAAUUUUUUAGAACCAUCAGAUUUAGUUAUAGUAAUUAUAAGCCAAUCGAAUCCUUAUCAUAAAGCACACGCUGAAUUAUUGCAAAAAAAUAUUAAUGAUCAAGCAGAAUCUAUGGAAAAGAAUUCUCCAGUUAUAAUUCUCACGCACGAAUUAAAAAUUAAAGGAUCAUGGACAUAUUUACCAUUGUUUUCCCAUUUGUCAUUUAAUUAUCCAAAUAAGAAAUGGUUUUUAUUCUGUUUAGAAAAUACUGUAAUUAAUUUAAUUGAACUUAUUCGAGUUCUCUCGGAACAUAAAUCAAAAAAUAUGUGGCUUUCUUAUGGACUUACAGAUCAUGAUUUAACUAUAAUUCAUCAUUUUGCAAAAUUAAAAGCUCCUUUUAAAUAUCCAAAUGAAGCUUCCGGAUUUGCUAUGACAAAACAAUUGUUAUACAGUAUUGCAACAAAUCAGAGAAAUAGACAAAUGGAUUUUUCCAUAGAUUCAUCUCAUGAACUUGCUCAUUAUAUCGAUGAUGAAAUUAAAGGACCAAGUUUAACACACUCUGCUAAAUUUUGCAUCGUUUCGAAUAGAAAGUGUGCAACUUUUCCACGACAAUUUUAUCCUUGUGAUAAACCAAUUUUAAGUGAAAAAAUUUAUGUGGCUGUGAAAACAUGUAAACAAUUUCGAAAUGAUCGUAUACCUGUUAUUUUGAAUACCUGGAGUAAAUACGCGAGAAAUAUUGCAUUUUAUACAGACGAAGCAGACAAUAGUUUACCAAAUUCUCAUAUUGUUCCGAAAACUAACGUUGGACAUUGUGCAAAAACUUAUGGGAUUUUGCAACAUGCAUAUAAAGUAAUGAGAAAAAAAAAUAUCGAUUGGCUCUUAAUUACUGACGAUGACACUAUAGUAAGUUUGGCUCGAAUUCAAAAAUUAUUGACCUGUUACAAUCCAAAAAAUUUGAUAGCACUGGGACAGCGAUAUGGUUUUCGAUUAAAUGACGAUGAUGGUUACGAUUAUUUGACUUCUGGAGCUGGUCUCAUUUUAUCAAAACCAGUAGUUAAAUUAAUAAUAAAUUCAACAGAUUGUCAAUGUCCGCAUCGGGAAACUGCAGACGAUAUGUUUCUCUUUGGUCAAUGCCUUCAGAAUCUCAACUUGAAUAUAAUUCACUCAUCUGCUUUUCAUCAGGCAAGAGCAGUUGAUUAUGCAGCAGGAUAUCUUUCAUCUCAUGAACCAGUGUCGUUUCACAGUUUUUGGAAUAUUAAUCCCAAAGAAACGUAUAAGCAAUGGUUUGCCGAAGAUGAUGAAAAUUUUUUUCACUCAUCAUUAACUCACACUGAGUUAUAAUAUCUGUUAUAUAAUCAUAUUCACAGCUAACUAAAACGUUCGACUAAUUUCAAAUGUGAAAAAAAUUUCGAAAAAAAAAAAUAUUAAAAACAUUUUCACUAAA